CCUCCCCAGCGGCCGCCUUGCCCCCACCCCGGCACCAUGUCCUUCUUCAGGCGGAAAGGUAGGGGGGCGGCGGGCGGGAGGCCCGGGGCUGAGGGGCGACUGCCAGCCUCGUCCCCUGCACGGCUGCUGGGCCCUGGCCCUGCCCCUCCGGGAACGCCGACCGGGCCCCGAGAGGACGCUCGGUCCCUGAGAAGCGGGCUCCCCGCAAAUGACGUGAAAGGCAGAGAGCAAGAAAAGAACACGGAUGUGAAAGCAAUUAAAACUCCAGUACCAGUACAUUCCCCCCAGAGGAACACUAGAAAUCAUGCCUUGCUGGAGGCUGCAGGACCAAGCCAUGUGGCCAUUAAUGCCAUCUCUGCCAACAUGGACUCCUUUUCUAGCAGUCGGACCGCUGCCCUUAAGAAGCAGCCAAGCCACAUGGAAGCUGCUCAUUUUGGAGACCUAGGCAGAUCGUGUCUGAAUUACCAGGCUGAAGAGACCAAAUCAAGCCUUUCAAAGACCCUGGAACAAGUCCUGCAGGACAACGUGGCCCUCCCUUACUUCAUCCAGUUUAUGGAACUGCGCAGAAUGGAACACUUGGUGAAGUUCUGGCUAGAGGCUGAAAGCUUCCACUCCACAACAUGGUCCCGUAUAAGAGCACACAGCCUGAACACGGUCAAGCAGAGCUCCUUGGCAGAGCCAGUGUCACCCUCAAAACAGCAGGAAAUUGCAUCAUCAUCUCCACCUGGACUGCUGGAGGAGAGACUGGAGGAUUCUGGCACAGUCCAUCUGCUGAGGACCAGGCCGGUGGCUGCUGACAAGAAAGACAGAACUAGCCCCAGCCAGAACCACCUGCUCUCUGGUCAGGAGAGCCAUAGUUCCAGUGUGCUUUGUCUAACAAAAUCUGAGACAGGGACUCAUUCUGUUCCAGCUGAUGAGCAAGAAUCUUCCAGGCUUACAGUAUCAAAUAAGAACAGCCCCUCCACUGCACUAAAAGACUUGUCAGGAAAACUCAUGAAAAGUAUAGAGCGGGAUGCAGUUAGUACUUUUACCAAAUACAUUUCUCCAGAUGCUGCUAAACCAAUUCCCAUUACAGAAGCAAUGAGAAAUGACAUAGUUGCAAAGAUUUGUGGGGAAGAUGGACAAGUGGAUCCAAACUGUUUUGUUACAGCACAGUCAAUAGUGUUUAAUGCAAUGGAACAAGAGCACUUUAGUGAGUUCUUGCGGAGUCACCAUUUCUGUAAAUACCAGAUCGAGGUGCUGACCAGUGGGACUGUUUAUCUGGCUGACAUACUUUUCUGUGAAUCAGCCCUGUUCUACUUCUCUGAGUACAUGGAGAAGGAAGAUGCAGUUAAUGUGUUGCAGUUCUGGUUGGCAGCAGAUAACUUCCAGUCACAACUUGCUGCCAAGAAAGGCCAGUAUGAUGGGCAAGAAGCACAGAAUGAUGCCAUGAUUUUAUAUGACAAGUACUUCUCCCUUCAAGCCACGCAUCCGCUGGGGUUUGACGACGCGGUGAGGUUAGAGAUUGAAUCCAACAUCUGCAGGGAAGGUGGACCCCUCCCAAACUGCUUCACCACUCCCUUACGGCAGGCGUGGACCACCAUGGAGACGGUUUUCCUACCUGGUUUCUUGUCCAGCAACCUUUACUACAAGUACUUGAAUGACCUCAUCCAUUCAGUACGAGGAGAUGAACUUCCAGGAGGGAAUAUUGCACUGAGUAUCCAUGGCCACGGAAGCUCUCCUGAUAGCGAUUCAAUAGGGGCACCAGAUGGCUCUGCCUCCCAGUCCAAUGUCAAAAAGGCUAAUGUUAAAAUCCUGAAAAAUUUUGAUGAAGCAAUAAUUGUAGAUGCUGCAAGUCUGGAUCCAGAAUCUUUGUAUCAACGAACAUAUGCAGGGAAGAUGACAUUUGGACGAGUCAGUGACCUGGGACAGUUUAUCAGAGAAUCUGAACCAGAGCCUGAUGUCAAAAAAUCCAAAGGGUCCAUGUUUUCACAAGCAAUGAAGAAAUGGGUUCAAGGAAACACAGAUGAGGCUCAAGAAGAGAUGGCUUGGAGGAUAGCGAAGAUGAUAGUCAAUGACGUCAUGCAGCAGGCGCAAUGUGAACAGCCUUCGGAGAAGGUUACGAAGCUAUGAUUUUAGAAACACCAGAAGAAGUGGUGUAGUUUUCAGCUUGGAGAAUGAGUGAACUUUCCCUUUUGGUGGGUUCUUGAACACAGCCAAUAAAAACAAAGCACUGUUACUCCAGCUGCCGAAAUCCCCCUGGUUUGGAAGGAAGCAUUAAAAGAAGCGAUCCUGUACCUCCACUGCAGAGCCUCAAGAAACACUUCCUGUUGCAUGUGGCAUUCACAGUGAUGAUGGCUUUGAAAGAGAGGAGGACACAGCUUAGGAGUGUCACUGAGGAACUGUGAAGGACUUCACAAAUACUUGACCCUGUCUCAAAAAGACUUUUAAGCGAACUAUCUGGAAGGGGACACAAACCACGAGAGAGGGGAAAGGUUUUGCUGUAGUUUCUAGUUCUACUACUUGUGAUUUUUAAACACAUAAUUGGAAAUGCCUUGGGGCACGUCCCCAACGUUGGCCAUUGGAGAAAUGAACCUGGGAUGGUUGAAUUCAUUGGCAGUGAAUGGCCUACAAAGUUCCAAGUUUUGGGUUUCCUUACUUGAAAUAGAAACGUAUUCAGCUGUAAGAUAAAUGUAUUUUACUUCAUAACUCCAUUAACUUUGAAGGCAGCAGUGAAUGGUCUGGAGUGAAGCCUGGACAGUGUAACUCUUCCUCCUUGAGCUCUCACAUCUGCACACACAAAUCCCCUGCUUCCACCACAGAGCAGACACGAAAGCUGAUCUUGCACUCAUGCAGCCUUCUGCUCCUGAGCCACGGCUCCAAACACAGCCCAUGUUUUGAGGAGAUGAUACCUUGCAGACUGCUCCAUUUUUCUCUCCUCCCCACCCCCCGAGCAAGGACAGAAGUAGUUGCUGCCAUUCUCCAGUAGCUUCUUGUCCUCCGAGCAACAUAGUAUCUAAUUCCAGAUGUUUGGUUUACAAAGAACAAGCAGUUUUUAAUGCCCUCUGGCCCUCCUCCCUGGCAUUGUCAACACUUGCAACCUGCAAAACCUUUGGUUAAGUAAAAAACCAACGGCGUGCCACAGCACCUCCCGUUCCAUUUUGCCUCCCCUGAACUGACUUUGCAGGGUGUCAGAAGUACUCGGUGGCUCACCAUCCCUUGAUCACUGCAUUUUUAGUAAACAACACUUCUCUGUUGGAUUUCUUAUUUUAUGAUUGCUGUUUUGGUUUUUUGUUUUCUCUCCUCAAACUCGUGCAAAAGAAAUCACUUUGCACAGAGCACGAAUCAUCUCCCCUGUUCAGGAUGGUCUUGAUUGACUAGCAAGUGUUGUUCUGUUGCAAUAUUUGAUUGUAUAGAGGCACACUGUUUUGUCCAGAAAAA